GAGACUGUUUCCCAGUAACUGUCUCUUGUUUUCUUAGACUCCUCCAGGAAAUGUGAAAAUACCUGAUGUACCCGGUACUCAGACAGCAAUAAUGAAACCAACAGAAGAACCACCUGCUUAUGCACAAAUUGCAAAGGAGCAUGCUUUGGCCCAGGCAGAACUGUUAAAGCGUCAAGAAGAACUGGAAAGAAAAGCAGCUGAACUGGAUCGCAGAGAAAGGGAAAUGCAGAGUCUCAAUCAGCAGAGGGGUAGAAAAAAUAACUGGCCACCUCUUCCUGAGAAUUUUCCAGUGGGUCCAUGUUUCUACCAGGACUUUUCUGUAGACAUUCCUGUAGAAUUCCAGAAGACAGUAAAGAUUAUGUACUAUUUGUGGAUGUUCCAUACAGUGACACUGUUUCUUAAUAUGUUUGGAUGUUUGGCCUGGUUUUACAUUGAUGCUACGCGAGGGGUCGAUUUUGGAUUGAGUAUCCUCUGGUUCUUGCUUUUUACGCCUUGUUCUUUUGUCUGCUGGUACAGACCACUUUAUGGAGCUUUCAGGAGUGACAGUUCAUUCAGGUUCUUUGUGUUCUUCUUUGUAUAUAUCUGUCAGUUUGCUGUACAUGUACUUCAAGCUGCAGGAUUUCAAAGAUGGGGAAACUGUGGGUGGAUUUCAUCUCUUACUGGUCUUAAUAAGAGUAUCCCCAUUGGCAUUAUGAUGAUAAUUAUAGCUGCACUUUUCACAGCAUCUGCUGUGUUCUCAUUAGUUAUGUUUAAAAAGGUACAUGGUCUCUACCGCACAACUGGUGCUAGUUUCAAGAAAGCACAGCAAGAGUUUGCAACAGGAAUGAUGUCCAAUAAAACUGUACAAACUACUGCAGCCAACGCCGCCUCAACCAGUGCAGCUCAAAAUGCAUUCAAGGGUAACCAAAUUUAGAGAAAUAUAACAAGUGACUAUGUUUCUCUUUUGUUAUACUUAAUUUUCCAGUCAAUUAUAUUCCCUAAAAACCUAGAUCAAAAUACACACAGCAUAUCUGUCUCUUCUUAAAAGAUAGCCACUCUUUGCCCUGUUGCAUUCUAGAAUAUAAAACUUUCCAUAUUUUAUGGAGGAUAAAUAAUUUAAACAGUUGGCCUGAGAAUGAAUUGUGGUAUUUAAUAAUCAAGUAAAUAUAGUAGGAAUUUGGAAUUUUUUUAGUGGUUCACUACAGUAUUGUUUUAAACUGCAGGAAAGCACUUUGGAUCAAUUAUUUUUGUUUCUAAGAACUGAUUUCCCUAUUUCUACUAUAAGAAGUGGGGUAGACUGAGAGAUGUAGCAUGUUAGGUUUGGCUAAUGCUUUUGAUAUAUACCUGUAAGUUUGCAUUAGUACUGUUGAGUUAUCUGAUCAUGUUUAAAUAGUGUUUUGGUCCAGAAUUUCCCUGUGCCAUUUUAUAAUUAUAACAUGUGUUUGCAUCUCUUUUCAUGGAGCAUUCUCUACAUGGGAGAAAUGAUCAGGGUGCAUAAUAAGUCUCUGUAAUAGAAUGUAUAAUGCAGUGUACAGUUUAAGGAAGUUGAAACGGAUGGUUUCAAUCACAGAGCUAAAUGAGUAUAGAUUUGAUAUUUUUAAUUUCAGUAUUCAUGUCUUGGGGUCAUAAUUUUUCUGAGAAAGAAACCACUAUUGACCUUGAGAACACUGGUUUCUUGCCCCCCUACCCUCUCUUACAUGAAGUGGUAUUUUUAUUGUGUUUGGGAUUUUUGGUUUUAAGUGCAGAUUUGUGUUUAACGAUGGUACUAGAUCUCUAGCUUUGUCAGUCACUCUGUUUACUGCUUGUCCAAAAAUCUAAAUAUACAGUAUUUAUUUUUUAACAGGAAUAUUGUCUAAAAUCAAGCUUUUUAAGCAAUGACAUUUAACAGAUACUUGAAUUCAUUUUAAUGUAACUCAGCCAGCUCUGUGAUUUAAUUUAAGCUGGAAAAAAAGCUUUUAAAAUCUUUUGAAUUGAAGAAGUAAGAAAUAUUCAUCUUUCACACAGUUAAAUUUUAUUUUAUUGAUCUGGAGGCCUAAGAGGUUAAAUUGGUGCUAUGGAACUGAACAAUCCAUAAUGGUACAUACCAUCAUAAUAUUCUAGAAUUUAAUCUGGCUUUACUAUAUAAAGUGAUGUUUCUCUCC